GUGCUGGGGCGGCCCAUGGAGGACGUGCGCGCGACGUACUCGGUGGGCAAGGAGCUCGGGCGCGGGCAGUUCGGCGUGACGCACCUGUGCACGCACAAGGCGACGGGGGAGAAGCUGGCGUGCAAGACGAUCGCGAAGCGGAAGCUGGCGAGCAAGGAGGACGCGGAGGACGUGCGGCGCGAGGUGCAGAUCAUGCACCACCUCUCCGGCCAGCCCAACGUGGUGGACCUCAGGGGCGCCUACGAGGACAAGCACAACGUGCACCUCGUCAUGGAGCUCUGCGUCGGCGGUGAGCUCUUCGACCGCAUCAUCGCCAAGGGCCAGUACACGGAGCGCGCCGCCGCGUCGCUGCUGCGCACCAUCGUGCAGAUCGUGCACACCUGCCACUCCAUGGGGGUGAUGCACCGCGACAUCAAGCCGGAGAACUUCCUGCUGCUCAGCAAGGACGAGGACGCGCCGCUCAAGGCCACCGACUUCGGGCUCUCCGUCUUCUUCAAGGAAGGCGAGGUGUUCAGGGACAUCGUCGGCAGCGCAUACUACAUCGCGCCGGAGGUGCUCAAGAGGAAGUACGGGCCCGAGGCCGACAUCUGGAGCGUUGGCGUGAUGCUCUACAUCUUCCUAGCCGGCGUGCCUCCCUUCUGGGCAGAGAACGAGAAUGGCAUCUUCACCGCGAUCCUGCGUGGGCAGAUUGAUCUUGCGAGCGAUCCAUGGCCCAACAUUUCAUCAGGAGCCAAGGAUCUUGUCAAGAAGAUGCUGAACAUCAACCCCAAGGAGCGGCUUACUGCGUUCCAGGUUCUCAAUCACCCGUGGAUCAAAGAAGAUGGAGAUGCACCUGAUACGCCACUUGACAAUGUCGUUCUCAACAGGCUCAAGCAGUUCAGGGCCAUGAACCAGUUCAAGAAAGCAGCAUUAAGAAUCAUAGCUGGGUGCCUAUCCGAAGAGGAAAUCACCGGGCUGAAGGAGAUGUUUAAGAACAUCGACAAAGAUAACAGCGGGACCAUUACGCUUGAAGAGCUCAAGAACAGGUUGGCAAAGCAAGGAACCAAGCUGUCUGACAAUGAAAUUCAGCAACUGAUGGAAGCAGCUGAUGCUGAUGGUAAUGGGUUGAUUGACUACGACGAGUUCGUCACCGCAACAGUGCACAUGAACAAACUGGAUAGGGAGGAGCACCUUUACACAGCAUUCCAGUAUUUCGACAAGGACAACAGUGGGUACAUUACAAAAGAAGAGCUUGAGCAAGCCUUGAAGGAGCAAGGAUUGUAUGAUGCCGAUGAAAUCAAGGAGGUCAUCUCAGAUGCCGACUCGGACAAUGACGGGAGGAUAGAUUAUUCAGAGUUUGUGGCGAUGAUGAGGAAAGGGACAGCUGGUGCUGAGCCAUCGAACCACAAGAAGAGGCGAGACCUAGUCCUAUAA